CCGAAUAUUGGUCCCAUUAAUUCAUCCUCUGACCAAACCAAACCAAACGCAUAAUAAUGGUUUUGACUUUGGGAGAUGCUCCCUCCUUCUCGUUAUUCCAACUUCCACGCCCCAACUAUAAGCAUUAAUGAAAGUAGUCAAGUCAAGGCGACAAUUUCAAACAAAUCCAACUCUCUCCCUCCCCAUUCUUCGAUCUACGCCUUCUAGACUGCAAUGACCUUUCAUGGAGUCAUUGUUCAACCACUCAAUAAUCUUCCCAUACUGCCUCUUUAGGUAAUAUAUAGCCCUCCUCCACUAUAUGGGUUUCUUUAUCUCUGUGCGCCCGAGUAUGCGUCGGUUUGAUAUAUUUCGAAACAGUGACGCAUUGGUAAUCCCAAGUGAGAAAAAGAGUAAGAGGAAUGUGGGAUUGUUUUCAGCAGCCUGCUUCUGGAUCUUCUUAUCAGGAGUUCCUCAAGGUUCUCGAGGCUGAUAUUCAGCGCGCUAAUGUGCUGGCUGCUUCAGUCCCAAGACGCAAGGGUGGCGAUUGUUUUCAUCUGAAAUUGGCUUACGAUCACUUGGCGCCCAUUUUUCUGUUUCUGCUUCAAUGGAUUGAUUGCUCAUAUAAAUGUAUACUUUCAAGUUAUUUAAACCUUUGUCACAUAGUUGUAUAUAAGGUGUGCACAGAUGGGAAGCCAGAUCUCUCUUCAUUUGGAAGGAAAGCUACAAUUGGAGAAUUCUAUUCUGUUAUAUUACCAUCUCUCCAACGUCUGCACAAUGACUCAUUAGACUUGAAAACUCCUGGAGGUGAAUUUCAUGGCUUGGGGAUGGCAGUCAGAAAGAAAUCAGAGGAUAGGUGGAAGAAGCUCUCAGAUGUAGAUUUGGAGCGAGAAGAUGAGUGUGGGAUCUGUUUGGAGCCAUGCACCAAAAUAGUUUUGCCAAAUUGCUGUCAUGCCAUGUGCAUCAAUUGCUACCAUGACUGGAACACAAGGUCAGAAUCUUGCCCAUUUUGCCGAGGAGCUUUAAAGAGAGUGAAUUCGGGAGACUUAUGGGUUCUGACAUGCAGUAAUGAUGUAGUAGACACUCACACCGUAUUGAAGGAGGAUAUACUACGGUUCUAUCUCUUCAUAAACAGCCUGCCUAUGGAUAUCCCAGAUGCUCUGUUUUUAAUGUAUUACGAGUUUUUAUUUUAAUUUAACAGACAAGAAUGAUGUACAGAGAGAGGGAGAAGGUCGCAUGCAUGGCUAAAGCAAUGUUUGCGCUCUGAGAAAUACAAAUCAUUGAUAAAUGUGGAAAAUAACAGACAUUUUAUUUUUAUCAUUCGAUGUUAUUUCGUGUUAAGUAAGGGAUGAUGAAACGAUGAAGAAUAAAUAUAUAGCAUAUCUCUUCCUUUAAA